AAAACGAGAGACAACAUAGUUGCAUCGAGAUACAUCCUUAAGACUGAUAGUACAGAUAUCCAUGGAAAAAAGAUGCCUAAAGAAGUUGCUCGUGUAGUCGUUGAGGUAGCCCACGAUGAGAUGGCUAGGCUACAAUUUCCUAAUUUGAAUGUAGGGAUCACUUUGGUAGGUCAAGCAGUUGGGGUACCAGUAGCAUGGCAUAAACAUCUUAUUAUCGACGAAAGUGAGCAGGGACAGGUAAUGUCUAUAAGUUUUUAUCGCCUAACUUCUUUUAUUUUGAAAUUUAUUUUAUUUUAACUUUUCCUUGGGUCAUAAGCAGAAGAGAAAGCAAGAAGAUAUUGAGGCAAUGAUACCUUCCACUCAACAUCCACAGCCCCCAAAGCCUCCGCGUGUAGAGCCAUUGACACAGGAGGUAGUGUCAAUCUCUCACAAUGAUUCGGCAUCUAUGUCAAGUAAUUUGACCUCUUUAUUGAAGUUUGUAUCACCAUGGGAUAAUGACUACCACAAGAAGAUUAAUAUCCCAUCGCAUGUUUUUGGAUACAACACGAUUGCUACGCUUUUCAAGGAUGAUGUGACGCAAUUUUGCAAUAUGGACAAGAUUGGGCAAACUCCAAUGAUAUUGUAUUUGAGGUUGUUGGAUGAUAUACUACAUACCAAUGGGUUGGAUCAUUUGUACGCAUUUCAGCAUCCAGGUGAAGUUAGUGUAGGUCAUGAGAAUAAGCGUGCCCAAGAACUUAAAGACCGAUUCAUUCAAAUGGGCGAGAAGCAGUUCCUUAUUUGUCCCUGGAAUAACAAUGAACAUUGGAUGUUAUUGCUAUUUCAACCUCACUCACAUUCAGUGGCGUUCUUGGAUCCCAUUAACCUUCAAUUACGCAUUGAGAUUAAAAAUAUAGUUAGGCUGUAAGUUUAUAUAAGUUUCAUUCCUUAAAGUAUAUUAUCUUUUUAAUAGUACUUGUUUGCUAAUUAAAAAACUUUUAUUAU